AGCAGCGAUAUCAUCUCAUCCUAAGCUAGGUAUUAUAACCCGAUCAAUCUGGUCGUCAGCAAUGGCGGUCAAGUCUCUAGUUCUUCUCGGUGUCGUAAUAGCCUCGCUCCUGCUUCUCUCCCAGGAUGUAGCACAUGCUAGAGAGCUCAUUGAUGCUAAAGAGUCCAAGGAGAAGAAUGUAAAACAUGCAGGAGGGCCGGGCUUGAAGGACGAGAAAUGGGGAGGUGGAAGCAAGCAUUAUGGAGGGUAUGGGAAUGGUGGGGGGUACGGUAACGGUGGAGGGUAUGGAAACGGUGGUGGAUAUGGAAACAAUGGGGGAGGCUAUGGAAAUGGAGGGUACGGAAACAAUGGUGGAGGAUAUGGGAGUGGAGGUGGAUACCAACAUGGUGGAGGAUACGGAAACAAUGGUGGUGGGUAUGGUGGAGGAUAUGGAAAUUCUAGGCAUGGUGGCGGUUAUGGCGGUGGAGGUUAUGGACCCGGAUAUGGCGGCGGUUAUGGUUAUCCAGGCAACGGUGGUGGAUUUGGCGGGGGCUCUAGUGGAGGAUACGGUGGUGGCGGCGGAUACGGUGGAGGUGGAGGAUACGGUGGUGGCGGCGGAUACGGUGGAGGUGGAGGAUAUGGUGGCGGUGGCGGGUAUGGUGGAGGUGGCGGUUAUGGCGGAGGAUCAGGUGGUGCCGGCUAUCCUUGAGACGGCUAUGGUGGAAGAGGUCACAAUGAAUGAGCAGAUAUGUAUAUUUAUUUUACUAAACAUUUGUGUUGAUAUGUGAUGUGCUUGAAUAAAAGAUUUGUCCUUAUGCUCGCAUAUAGGUGUAAUGUUGAGAAAUCGAGCAAGCAAGCCAGGCUUGCCUUGUCUCCUAUGUAUGAAAGAGAAUAUAACUUUUGAAUUGAUAGUGUUUGGCUUCCUA